GAAUAGGGAGCAGGGCGCAUUUCAGAUACGGACGUUUCCACCGUCUUGUGUUUUGCCAGUCUGAAAAUGGCCGCCACCAGGUAUCGUCGGUUUCUGAAGUUAUGUGAGGAAUGGCCGAGAGACGAGUCUAAAAAAGGACGAGAUUUGGGCACGUUUUUACUGCAAAAAGUGGCGAGUGCGUUCAGAGAGGGUGAAAAUACACAGAUCGCAGAUGCAGAAAAAUGUGAUCAGAUGUAUGAAAGUCUGGCACACAUCAAAGAUAAUGUUUACAAACAAAAGUUUCCACGAGCAAAAGACACAAGCUUCACUGGUGUGACAGUGGAGGAGUGCCAGAUGUUAUUAGCAACAGGAACUAUGCAACAGAUGGAUGAAGAAAAGAAAGGAUUGUGGAAAACUUUUAUGCAGCGGUUCACCCCUAAACCAGAAGAAGCAGCUCCUGAAAAACCUGAAAAGUAGUUCUUUUGCACACUAGGCGGCUUUACUGUAAACAAUUUCCAGUUACAAAACUGUUUCUCUGACUUUCUUUAUUAAUAUAUGCAUGCUGUAUAUUGCAGGGUUUUUGGCUGGAACAACACAUAAUAUAAAUAAAUAAAUAAAUUUUUAUAAAAUAA